AUGAUUAUAAUUAUGAUUAUUAUUAUGAUAGGAGGGAUAGUAGAGGAGGAGGAGAUAGAGGAGGAGAUAGAGGAGGAGGAGACAGAGGAGGAGACAGUUAUAGGGAUAGUUAUAGGGAUAGUAGUAGAGGAGGAGAUAGAGGAGGAGAUAGAGGAGACAGAGGAGGAGAUAGAGGAGACAGAGGAGGAGACAGUUAUAGGGAUAAUAGAGGAGGAGGAGAUAAUUAUAGGGAUAGUAGAGGAGGAGGAGGAGAUAGUUAUUAUAGGGGUGAUCAUCAUGGUAGCAGCAGCAGCAGCAGCAGCAGCAGCAGCAGCAAGAUGCAUCAUCAUCGUGAUGUAUCUCCUUCCUUGCAUGCAAAAAGAAGAAAUAAUUAUUAUAAUUAUAAUAGUAAAUCUAGAUCUAGAUCUAGAUCUAGAUCUAGAUCUAGAUCUAGGGGAGGAGGAGAUAGGGGAGGAGGAGAUAGGGGAGGAGGAGAUAGGAGAUAUAAUAAGGAUAAUCAUGAUGAUUAUUAUAGUAGAAGAGGAGACAGAGAUUAAAUUUGUUAGUAAUAAUAAGGAUCACCAGCAGCAGCAGCAGCAGCAGCAGCAGCAGGAGGAGGAGAAGGAGAAGGAGGAAG